AUGGAGGAGACCUAUAUUCUUGGCGAGGACCUGCCGUUGCCGCCUGCACGGCUGUUCGAACGUCUGGCCCAGCUGCCGGGUUAUGUCUGGGACCAGACCAUCGAGCCGUUUCACUCUACCUAUGACAACUGGCAUGUCUUUGGGGUUCGACAUUCGUCCGAUUCGGACGUCUCCACGCCCGUCGCGACGUCCUCAGGACCCUCCAGUUCAGCCCGCAACUCACCCCGAAUCGAGUCGCGGCCGGCCUUUCGACACCACUGGCGAAGCAGCUUGAGCGAAUCCAGCAGUGAGCUGUCUCUGUCCCGGAUCGAAGCAGAGCCAGUAUGGGUGCCAGUGGUGGCCCGAAUUUCAACCCACGUGGUGAGGUUGGAAAGGGAAUUCCACAUGAUGCGGUCGAUUGUUCAGAUAUCCGACCCGGACUGCCACCAUACAAUACGUCCCAUCGAUAUGAUGCGGCUACCCGGAGAACAUGGAGACGGUGGCCCCAUCUUGGUCACGAUAUACGAGUCUCCCGGUGAUAACUAUCUGAAGGAGAUGGUUGCCUUUGGCCCCGCGUGGUAUGGGAUCUGCGGCAGUAAUGACUCCACCCCGGGGGAGCAGGUCUCACUGCCUCUCUUCCUCGACUUUGCAAUAGGAGCAUGUGAUUGUCUGGAGCUACUGCAUUAUGGGCUGAAGACGAUCCAUGGAGAGAUCCGCGCUGAUGCUUUCCAUUUCAACCGGGAAACAGGCGCUGUGAAGCUGGUGAAUUCGGGAAAUGGCGCCCGCGCAUUUGAUAAUGCUCUUAGUGAAGGAUGGUCCGCGUUAUCGAAAGAGGUUGGCGUGAAGAACAAACUGCAGUUUAUCGCUCCAGAGCAGACCGGAAGGAUGCCCACAGAGCCGGAUAGUCGUACAGAUAUCUACGCUUUGGGUGUUCUCUUCUGGACAAUGCUUGCAGGAAAACCAGCCUUCGACGGGGAGGAUCCAGUGGAAGUGGUACAGAAUGUUUUGGGCAAGAAACUACCUCCGCUUUCAUCCAAGCGGAUGGAUGUUCCAGACGCGGUUUCUGCAGUCAUCCAGAAGAUGACGCAAAAGGCAGUCAAUGAACGAUACCACACGAUAUCCUCUGUAAAAAGAGACCUGGAAGAGAUCUCGAAGCUUCUAGGGGAUGGAGAUAGUGAAGCCUUGAAGAAGUUCCAGAUUGCCCAGCGUGAUGUGUCAUCCUUCUUCACGCUGCCGUCCGGGCUGUAUGGACGAAAAGAAGAACAUGAUAAGAUCGUCAGUGUGGUAGAAAAGGUCUACAAGCGUCAGCAAUCUGCAUACGUAAAGGCAACCCAGAACAGUGCUCAUGGGACCUAUCUGGGAUCGAACUCUUCAACCGCGGAUAGCAGGGUGGACAGCUUCGACAUUGACGGGUCGAGCGACUCUGGUUCGUUCAAUAUAACCGCCUCAAGGAGUAAUUCGAAUGGUGGGCCUCAUCUGGUCCAUGUCUCUACACAUGAAUCGGUCCACAGCACAGAGUCGUCCAUCUCCACACAACGACCAGGGCAACUGGCUAACAGGGUAAAAAGCCCAGCCGACUCCCGCGCAUCGUUAGACAACAAUACCGAUCGAGAGAGUCCUCUUUCUAAUACGCAAGGGCCGGCAGAGACACUGAAUACUCUGACUAGGCAAAAAGCCGUGCCCAAGCUGCGUCGCAGUGGACGUACUGAGGUGAUUACCAUUUCUGGGAUGGCUGGGAUCGGGAAGUCGGACCUGUUACAUCGAGUGCAGCCCGCAAUCCGGAGACUUGGAUACGUUUCAAUUGCCAAACUAGAUCGAGCGCGAAGAAUCCCCUAUGAGCCCUUCGCAAGGGCUCUGGCCAGUCUCCUCCGCCAGAUCUUUUCCGAGCGGGAUGUCUCAUCCGAUUAUCACAACAAUAUUCGGGCGAUUUUGCGGCCCGUCUGGUCCACGCUGCAUCGUGUUUUAGAACUUCCGGAGCAGCUUAUCUCCGCAGGGGGCAAGGAUAAGUCAUUGUCACCGAAGUUAAGUGUCGCUCAACAUAUUUUGAAGGAGAACACGAAGCUGGAUCCAAACAGACGCGUUACACUUCCUGGCAUAGGCCAAGGCCAGACCUCGACUGACUUCUUUUUGGCCCAUGCAGCAGCGAAGAACGUGCGCCUGAUGGAGACUUUUCUGGAGCUCUUGCGAGCACUGUCUCAGUAUAAGAUGAUCUGCGUGACUCUAGAUGAUAUCCAUUAUGCAGACGACGAGUCGAUGGAGUUGAUCAUGAACAUCCUGAAAGCCAAGGUUCCCUGCGUGAUCAUAUUGAGUGGCCAGAAAGAGAAAAUAGAGUCGGCUGAUAUUAAGUCACUCUUCGACGGGGACAAUCCUAAUGUAACCAACAUCGCCUUGGGCCCGCUUAGUGAGGAAGAUAUCGUCAAUUACGUUGCAGCCACAAUGCACCAGGAACCUAAUCCAAGUCUGAUGCCUCUAGCCGCUGUCAUCUUAGAGAAGAGCCAGGGCAAUCCCUUCUAUGUUCGCAUGAUGCUGGAGACCUGUUACCGCAAGAACUGUAUUUGGUACUCUUGGAGAAAUUCGAAUUGGGAGUUCGACCUGGACCGCAUCUUCACCGAAUUCGUGGCUCCACACUAUGGACAAGGUCUUGGGACCGAGUUCAUCACGAAGCGUCUCCAGGAGAUCCCAUCUACUGCACGUGCGAUCUUGACAUGGGCAGCUUUACUCGGCUCUCCGUUCUCAUUUUCACUAGUCCGGAAGACCAUGAGCGGGGAGUUCAUCAGCCCGGAGCAAGAGGACACAGACGACUUGCCAUGUCCGAAGGCGACUGGAAUUGCGAAACGAUCGGAUGCUGAUAUGGUGGUCGGACUUCAAUAUCUGGUGCAGGCGUAUAUCAUCCUACCGGGAGAGACGGACGAUGAAUUUAGGUUUGCCCAUGAUCGUUUCGCUCAGGCCGUUGCAAAUUUGAAAGAUGAUCGCACACAGGAAAAGAUGCAUUUUGUCAUCGCGCAGGCCAUGAUGAAGUACUUUAGGAACGCCAAGAAUCUCUACGCGAAAGCCCGUCAUAUCUGCUUUGCAUCGCGUCUCAUCAAGCGGCGCGUUCCCCAUAGAGUUGAGUAUAGGAGGGUUCUUCGGGAGGCAGCUGAAACGGCUGCUGCAUCCGGUGCCAGACCAACUGCCCUCUGGUAUUUCCGCCAUUGUCUCGAUCUUUUGCAGGAGAAGUGCUGGGACGAUCCAAAUCCAGACGUCUACUUCGAGGCCAAAAGUCUUCAUAUCCAGACUGCCGAGAUGUUAUGGUCGCAGGGUCAGAGCGGUGAAGCCCUGGGCCUGCUCGAAGAAGUCUUCGCUCAUGCUAGAGAUGGGGUGGACAAAUCGAGGGCAUGGAUCCUGAAAAGUAAAAUAUAUGCCCAGAGUGGAAAUCAUUACGGUGCCAUGAAUUCUCUACUCACAGGUCUCGACGAAUUGGGCGUGCAUCUGCGAGAACCCACUUCGUAUGAGGAGUGCGAUGCUGCCUAUGAAGAAUUGAGUAAUUACCUGAGACAGGCCGAUUUCGAUGAAAUCCUCGAGAGACCGAUAAGUGAGGACCGUACCAUCAUGGCUAUCGGGACUGUCAUGUCUGAAGCAAUGGCCGUCACUUAUUGGGACGACGCCUUGACCUUUUUGAGGAUGGCCAUCGAGAUGGUCAGACUCCACCUCUUCAAAGGCGGUUUCACUCAGAUCGCGAUCGGCUGUUCCCACUUGGCCAUGAUCUCUUAUAGUCGCUUUAAGGACAUAGACCUGGGCGCUAGACUGAGUGACCUCGCAUUGGCGUUACUGGAGCGCUAUUCCGAGACCUGGACACACAGUCGAGGCUACACGGUUCACAAUCUUUACGUCAGUCACCUGAGGGUUCCAAUCCGUUCGACGCUGCCGGAACUUGAGACUUCCCUGGAAUCCUCUUUUGCCAUUGGAGACCCCUUUAUGAGCCUAAUCAGUCUUUCGUCGAUGGCCAUGGCACGUUUAUAUCUCGGUCAGGAUAUGGCAGAGCUAGAAGCGUUCUGCGAUGAAACUCCAGAGGAUAUUCCCGAUUGGAUGGAUGACACUCGUGGAGGAGCCAGUGUCCUUGCCGUCAGGCAAGUCGCACGUGCUCUUCAAGGCAAGACAUCCUUCCGGUCUCCCGAAUAUGUGAUGUCCGACGAGUACCAUAAGACACAUGAAUAUAUGGAGUAUCUGGAUCUGCAUGCCACAAACGCAGAUCGCCCCCGCGAUAUUUACAUGGGGCUUUCCAUGAUAUCUCUCUAUAUCUACGGGCAUCAUGAGAAGGCUGUCGAAGUUGGAACGAACAUGAUGGACACUAUUUCUCGGCUAUGGUCUGUGCGUGUCACUCAGGUUGUCUACUUCUAUCUUGCGCUAUCGCUGCUCAGUCUACACCUCGACUACCCUAACCGUCCCGGGCUGGAAGAAAGCCUGGAGAGGGCGAUGGAGUACAAGGCCAAGAUCGAUUUCUCCCGGAGGGCAUGUGACGCAAACUAUGGCAUGUGGUCCUUGAUCUUGGAAGCACUGUUUUACGAAGUCAACAGUGAUUAUCCCGCAGCCGUUCAGUCGUUCGAGGCAGCUAUUGACCAUAGCCAAGUCCAUGGAUGGCCGCUAGAAGAAGCUCUAGCUCUAGAGCUGCAGGGUGACUUCUUGAUCCGUCGAGGAGCAAAACGAGCUGCUCGUGCAAUGAUCCGUGAAUCUAUUGCCGCUUACACGACAAUUAGUGCUUCUGGAAAAGCUGCCCAUCUAGCUGAAAAACAUGAAUGGCUUCUUAAAACUGCCACUACCUCGAGAACCAAUGACGCCGGUUGUCAAACUGUGGAUUCGCUUAUUGAUAUCCAUCGUGACUCUGGCACCGAACCAGUUACGCCACACAUGGAAGACGAAAGAAAGCAACAGUGGUUGGAGCAGAAUGGCAUGACCAGUGGAGAGCGAUCCCUCGAUAUCUCUGGGGUGGGCCUAGACAUCAUCGACUUGUCGAGCAUUCUGGAGUUCAGCCAAGUCAUGUCCUCCGAAUUGCAGAUUGACAAGUUGCUGACAAAGAUGAUCGAGAUCAUUCUAGAGUCAUGUAGCGGGUCGGACUUUGCCGUCAUUGCUACUGACUUCGAGGACAUUGGGUUUGCAGUUGCAGCAGCUGGUGACAUAGAGAAGGGCCAGCAGGCUUUCCUGGAUGGAUUACCUUUCUCAGAGGUUGAAGAUAAGAUGGCGCAGCAGAUUUCCCACUAUACGCUUCGUACUAGAGAGCAAGUACUGGUUCACAAUGUCCUUGAGGAUGAACGCUUCUCCAACGUCAGUGAAGCAUACCAGGCUCGCUAUCCACUUGGGAGAUCUGUGAUCACUCUGCCUAUAGUGCAAGCGGGGGCUCUACUCGGCGUUAUCCACAUCGAAGGCAAGCCUAACUCCUUUACCCAACGCAAUGUCGUUGUGCUCCAUCUUCUCUGUAAUCAAGUGGGUAUCUCUCUCGCGAAUGCUCUGCUUUUCCGCAAGGCACGCAAAGUAAGUGCGACCAAUGCGGCGAUGGUGGAAGCUCAAAAACGAGCUUUGGCGCAAGCCCGCGAUGCGGAGGCGAAGGCCAAGGUAGCUGAAGCAGAAGCCAACCAUAACGUUAAACUCAAAGAGGACGCCGCAAAGGCCAAGUCUAUUUUCCUCGCAAAUGUAUCGCACGAUCUUCGAACACCGAUGAACGGAGUGAUUGGACUUUCAGAGCUGCUGAAAGGAACCAAAUUGGAUAAGGAGCAGGACGGCUAUGUGGAGUCUAUUCGUGUAUGCGCGGAUACACUACUGACGCUGAUCAAUGAUAUCCUGGAUUUCUCGAAGCUGGAGGCUGGCAAGAUGAAGAUCUCGACUGUCCCUCUUAACCUGAGAGAGACGAUCACGGAGGUUGUUCGUGCCCUUCGCUACACGCACCGCGACAGGGGCCUCGAGACCAUAGAGGAUGUCGACAAGGUACCGCCUGAUCUGCUGGUACUUGGAGAUCCCGUCCGUUUACACCAAAUAUUCAUGAACCUCCUAAGUAACAGCUACAAAUUUACCCCUAAGGGCUCUAUUACUGUGAGAGCCAAGGUGACCCGUGAGGGUAAGGGCCGAGUUCGCCUGGAAUGCUCCGUCUCCGACACGGGUAUUGGUAUCCCAGAAGAACAGAAGUCACGCCUUUUCAGGCCUUUCUCGCAGGCUGACAGCUCGACUGCACGGUCGUACGGCGGAAGCGGACUCGGCCUGAGUAUUUGCAAGGCCAUUAUCGAGGAUGUGCUUGGCGGCGCAAUCUGGUUGGAUUCUACUCCUGGCGUUGGUACGACGGUAACAUUCCAUCUCAGUUUCAACAAGGCUCCCAAGGAAGCUGUCGUCAAAGGUGCAUGGUCCCAGAACUUUAACCAGAUUGAGAGCAAAGUACCGCCCAAGCCUGUAGCGCGGGACCUGACAAUGAUCCCCCGCAACGAGAUUAGGGUCUGUAUCGCUGAAGACAAUCCUAUCAACCAAAAGAUUGCUGUGCAAUUCGUCAAGGGUUUAGGCCUCGAAAGUGAGGCUUACAGUGAUGGCCAGCAAGCGGUCGAGGCUCUGCGCUUGCGUUCGAAAGAAGGCAGGCCUUUCCAUCUAGUGUUAAUGGACGUACAAAUGCCUGUUUUGGAUGGCUACAAUGCGACACGUGAAAUCAGGAAGGACCCUGACCCGAAUGUCAAUGAGGUCUUAGUGAUAGCCAUGACCGCCAGUGCUAUCGAGGGCGACCGGGAGAAGUGUCUCGAAGCUGGAAUGAACAAUUAUCUCGCCAAGCCAGUUCGAUCCGGCGUGCUGAGUGAGAUGCUCGACAAGUAUCUUGCUCCAGCGCCGGCACAGUCGAGACCUAUGAGGCUACCCACUCGAGGGAUCAGCAAUUCAAAUCUCAAAGUCGAUGACGUGCCAACUCCAGGCAGCUCUUCCUCAUCACGCUCCGGCAGUCAAGUAAUAGCAUUGACGCCGCCGGAAGAACCAAACUCUUCUAAAAAGGACCUCCGAAUAAAACUGGGAAGUAUCUCCCAUGACCCGCAGCCUCUGUCACCAGAUGUCAUAUGGCCCUCUGAGAGGCAAGGUGAUACUACAAUCGUGAUUGAUGAUGUCGAGUCCAAGACGUCACCUGAGACUGCAGGUGGCAGCGAUGCUAAUAAUAAUGCGUCAUAA